CGCAGACAGUCAGAGCAGAGCUGAGCAGCUCAAGCCGUCAGCGGUUAAUCUUGAGCGGAUGAGGCGGCCGGUUUAACUCCGAGGUCAGAAUGCAGUUCCUGGGCCGCAUCAUUGGGACGGUGAGCAAUGUGUUCACCAACCCAUACCGGGUUCGGGAGGUCCAGCUGGCGGACUACAGGAGUAAGGUGAAGAUGAAGCAGGAUGGGAGGGUGAUGCUGUACAGGGACACUUCCUCCCAAGCCUGGGACUGCGUCCUCAUCAUGCCCGACAACCCAGUUAUGGCACUGAGGUUGUUCCAGGUGUCGUCAGAGGAGGACGCCGCCAACUGGUUCCCUCAGUACGCCCUCAAGCUCCGCCCCUUUUACGAAACCCUCCGUCCACCUCUCAAACCCGAGACGCUCCAGCCGAUAGUAGAUUGUCUGCGGAACCACCCGGACUGGAGCUCCGCCCACAUUGCUGUGGACACCGGCCUGCGGGACUGCCUGAAGCACAACCAUGUUUUGAGUCAGAUGAACGUGCGGGACGCACAGGGCCAGACUCCGCUGCACCUGGCUUGCGAGCGCGGCGAGACUGGCUGCGUGCGAGAGCUGUUAGAGGAAUGCCAGGCUCGCACCGACAUCCGAGAUAAGAACGGUGACACACCCAUGCACUGCGCUGCCAAGCAGGACUCGGCCGUCAUCGUGGAGGUGCUGUGCUCUCAGAUGUGUGCCGGCGUGAACGAGCUGAACCACGCUGGAGAGACGCCGCUACACAUUGCGUGCCGCUUGGGAAAGACCGAGGCGGCCAGGGCGCUGAUGGGAGGCGGGGCUCGUUGCGACACCGUCGGGGGCGUCGGCUACCCGAUCCACACGGCCAUGAAGUACAGUGCCAGGGGCUGUGCUGAAGCCAUUCUGGCUGCUGAUUUUAAUCAGCUGCAGGCCGAGGACCCCGUGUACGGCGGAACCCCUCUCCACUGGGCCAAGACUGCAGAAAUGAGUCGCCUGCUGCUGGACCACGGCUGCAGCACGAACUACCUCAGCAAGACCGGCGAGAGUGCGUUACACAUCCUGACCAAGAGGGGGCGCUACGAGGCCGCCAUGACGCUGCUCAUCCACGGAGCUGACCCUAACAUCAAGGGCCAGGACGGAAACACGGCUUUGCAUCUAGCCAUGAAGCUGGACCACAUGGACCUGAUAAAAGCGCUCAUUGUGUUCGGAGCUGACGUGGAGAUGCACAACGACCUGGGAGAGACGCCAGGACUGAUCGCAGCACGCACCAGCAAGGGCCCCAACCGUAAGGUGUUGCUGAAGAUGCUGCAAUGCGUCGGGGUGGAGCGAUGUGGCCCGCCCUCCCCCGACUUCCCAACCCCCGUCACCAACAGACCUCCGCCCCUGUCUAUAGGAAUUAACGAACUGAUUCACGCGGCGGCCGCCAUCUCCGCCAUGAGCCAAGGGUACGCCGAAGUCGACGGGUUCAGGACGAGCAAAAAGAUGGACAGAUUGCUGUGUCUGGACGGAGGAGGUAUCAAGGGCCUGGUCCUGAUCCAGAUGCUGAUCGCGCUGGAGAAAGAAGCGGGUCGACCCGUCCGAGAGCUCUUUGACUGGGUGGCCGGAACCAGCACUGGCGGCAUCCUGGCUCUGGCUGUCACCCACGGUAAAUCGAUGGAGUACCUGCGCUGUCUGUAUUUCCGGAUGAAGGAUCAGGUGUUUAAAGGCUCGAGGCCGUACGAGUCGGCGCCGCUGGAGGAUUUCCUCAAGCAGGAGUUCGGAGAGAACACCAAGAUGACUGAGGUCCAACACCCCAAAGUGAUGGUCACUAGUGUUUUAGCAGACAGACACCCCGGGGAGUUGCACAUCUUCAGAAAUUACGACGCUCCUACUAUACCCCGAGACCCUCCAUAUGCUUCCACGGCCACUUUCAGACCCCUCACCACCCCACAAGGCUGGGAGGAUGAGGAUGUGUUGAUAGUGGGAUACACUCAGGAACCUGUCAGAAAGCGUAGGAAGGUGACUGAUGAAGAGCAAGUCGUGUGGCGUGCGGCCCGGUCCAGUGGCGCUGCCCCCACUUACUUUCGACCAAUGGGGCGCUUCCUGGACGGCGGGCUGCUGGCCAAUAACCCCACGUUAGACGCCAUGACUGAGAUCCACCAGUACAACAAAUCACUGAAGGCUCAGGGUCGGGGAGAUGAGGUGUGUCGUCUGGGUGUGGUGGUGUCUUUGGGUACUGGGAAACCUCCGCAGGUGUCGGUAAACUCUGUGGACGUGUUUAGACCCUCGAACCCUCUGGAGCUGGCUAAGAGCUUUGUAGGAGCCAAAGAGUUGGGCAAGAUGCUGGUGGACUGUUGCACUGACUCAGAUGGGUGUGCAGUAGACCGAGCCAGAGCAUGGUGUGAGAUGACAGAUAUAAACUAUCACAGGAUGAGUCCUCAGCUCUCCACCGAGGUUCUUCUGGAUGAAGUGAGCGACGCCGUUCUGGUGAACAUGCUGUGGGAGACGCAGAUGUACCUCUAUGAGAACCGGGAGCUCAUACACACCCUUGCACAGCAGCUUCUGCAGCCCUGA